CACGCAGGAUCGCGGCCAAGAGACGCCCCGCCGCGAGGGCAGACGGCGCGCGGCUCCUGGCCCAUCUGCCCCGUCCCGCUGCCUCCCUCCCUCUUUCUCUCUCUCUCUCCGCCCCUUACCUUGCGCAGUUUCGUACUCGCCCAUCCCCCCUCGCCUUCUCUCGUCCCCGUCGCCUGCCUGCCUGCCUGCCUGCUUGCCUGCCUGCCUGCCUGCCACCAUGUCGAUUGAGAAGCUCCAGAAGGAGCUCGGCCGCCAUCGCGAUACUGCCAUGAAGUCCGACUCGAACAAGGACGUCGUGAUGGAGCUCCUUGAGGCUGUCAGCAAGUACACCUAUGAUUCCAGUUACGCCUCGAUGCCCAUCCUCAAGCACCUCCGGUCACUGCGGUCCGCACAUGACGAUGAGAUUUCGGCCCUGGCCAAGUCCAUCUAUUCCAACUGGAAGAGCGCCAACAAGCUGAUCAGCACUCGCAAGGAGUCGAGCCCGGCGCCAGGUGACUCCGGCAGCUCAACCCCGACGUCGGCCUCGGCGGCGUCGCCUGCGGCGCAUGCCCCAGCGCACAACCGGCGUGCUGCCCCGGCCGCCAGUGACACCAAGGCCCCGCGUCCGGCUGGCGCGGCGUACUUCGACUCGGAUCAGAUUAGCGCCGAUCGUAACCGCAUCGCCCGGGCCAUUUACACCUCGCUCAGCCGGCACCAUGACUGGGCCCAAAUUUCCAAUGACCGCCUGGUGAAGUUCUCACACGAUCUGGAGGGCGCCCUGGCCAACGAGUUCCAGCCUCUGUCCGAUGCCUACAAGUCCCGGAUGCGGGCUCUGGCCCUGGAUCUUGGCGAUGCCAACAACGAGCAGCUCCGUAACCGGAUUUGGAAUGACCCUUAUUGCACCCCGGCCUACCUCGUUACGGCCAAGGCUCAGGACCUCGCCAGCGACUCGAUGAAGGAGCAGCGCAAGCUCCGCCUCGAGAAGACCCGCAACGAACUCCACGAGGCCAAGGGCAUUGACAUGGAGUCGGACGACUUCCUGUGCCCCCGGUGCGGUAAGAAGCGCGUGCGCUACUCGCAGCAGCAGACCCGCUCGGCCGAUGAGCCGAUGACCACCUUCAUUACCUGUCUCGAGUGCGGUCACAAGUGGAAGGAGUGAUGCGCCGAUACGUUGGUUCCCCUGCAAUUUGCCGCUGCUUUUGCUUAUGGUCUCCUCCCCCGGGCAUGGCGUCCCCCCGCCCGCCCCUUCUGUCCCCCCGCCUCCAUGCUUCGGUUCACAAUAUACCCCUCUCCCUUCC